CUGGAGGAAUCAACGGAACAUUGCAUUUGGCGCGCUUCUAAAGCAAAUGGCCUUGUUCCUGUCUGGACACGCUCGCUAACAGUGAAUAGUGGUUCGCGUGUUUUCGUUGGGCGUGUCUUGUCAUAGUUUAUUUGGAAGUCGUUUUGCGAUUGCAAGUUGAGAAGACGCAAUGGAGAACCGCCUGACUGCUGGCGCGGUAGAGCGUAUUCUCAAUAAUCAGCAAGUUGACAAGCCCGUACUGCAAGUUUUGAACUUCAAACCCAUUAGCAGCAACACAGCCGAUAGGUACCGGCUGCUGCUGUCGGAUGGAGUGCAGUGCCACACAUAUGCCAUGCUGGGCACGCAGCUCAACGGCAUGAUCAACAACAACGAGAUUGACAAAUUUGCUGUGGUGCAGUUGGACAAGUAUAUGUGCAACGUUGUCAGUCCUGACAAGAAAGUUCUGAUUGUGUUGGACUUGACUGUGGUAGCCAAAGGGUCAACAGUGGGCUGCAGGCUGGGGAGCCCUGUAAUACCAACGUCGUCCUCCUCUGGUGCUGCCCAGCCUACAGAUGGAGGAGCCAGCAAGCCACCGUUCCAGCCGAAUGGAGGAAAUGCUCCACCUUCAGCAGCACCAUCAUUUGGAAAUCGAGCGUACCCCGCUUCUACCAGUGAUGUCGUAGUUGUCCCCAUUGCCAGCCUUACACCAUAUCAGAACAGGUGGACCAUCAGAGCGCGCAUCACAAACAAGUCCAACAUUCGUACGUGGAGCAACUCCAAGGGUGAAGGGAAGCUCUUUUCAAUGGACCUUCUGGAUGAGAGUGGGGAGAUGCGUGCCACGGCCUUCAAUGCGGAAUGUGACCGCUUCUACGACGUUAUUGAAGUGAACAAGGUGUACUACAUUUCAAGAGCCGUUAUCAAGAACGUCAAAAAAGGCUACUCGUUUUCGUCUAUCAAGAACGACUUCGAGAUGUCACUCAUUCCAGAGACAACUAUUACACCAUGCGAUGACGUUACUCCAAACAUCCCUACACUGCAGUUCAACUUUGUGCCCAUUGCGCGUCUUCAGGAAGUAAGCAAGGACAGUGUCAUUGAUGUCAUUGGAGUCUGCAAGUCGGCAGGUGACGUACAGACAGUGACACGUCGCACCACCAAUCAGGAGCUCAAGAAGCGGGAUGUAAACCUGGUGGAUCGAAGCGGCACUGAGGUGUCCCUCACACUUUGGGGAGAUCAGGCAGAAAAGUUUGACGGCUCUGACAACCCUGUCGUGGCUGUUAAGGGAGCACGUGUAUCUGACUUCAGCGGUGUAUCCCUCUCCCUGAUCAGCUCAAGCAUGCUGCAAGUGAACCCAGACAUUCCAGAGUCCCAUGCCCUGAUGGGUUGGUAUAGCAGAGAGGGAACACUCCUGCAGACACGCUCCCUUUCCACACAGAGAGGCGGACCAAUGGGAGGCAACUCAAACUGGAAGUCGAUAGCGCAGGCGAAGGCAGAAGGUCUGGGCCAAGGCGACAAACCGGACUACUACAGCGUUAAGGCAUGCGUGUCAAUCAUCCGCAAGGAGAAUUGCCUCUACAAGGCCUGUCCAAGUGAGAAUUGCAACAAGAAGGUGGUCGACCUGCAGACUGGAUAUUACCGCUGUGAAAAGUGUGCCCAGGAGACCAUGGAAUUCAAGUGGAGGCUUCUCGUCUCGGCAAAUUUGACAGACUUCAGUGAUGGCCAGUGGGUAACCUGUUUUGGCAAGGAGGCUGAGACACUUAUUGGGGCUUCUGCAGAGGACUUGGGCGAGAUGUACUCAAAUUCCAGCAAGGAGGACAGUAGAUACGAAGACAUCCUUAAUGAUGUCCCCUUCAAGCCUUUCAUCUUCCGGCUUCGCACCAAAAUGGAGGUCUACAAUGAUGAAAGCCGGUUGAAGACUUCCGUGAUGUCCGUUUCCCCGGUCGACUAUGUUGAAUAUACAAAAAAGCUGCUCAAGGACAUUGCUGAACUGCAGAAAAACUUGUGAUCUCUUGGUAGGAAACCAAAGAACAGCUGAAGGAAGUUGCUUUCAAGAUCUGCACUGUGCAGUAUUAGCAGAUCAGUGCUAAAUUAAGAAGUUGAGCUAUACUCAGUAAUCAUGCCAGCACAAUAAAC